CAAUAACGAUUUUCCGAGGGUCGAGACAGGGUCGGUACAGCGGGGUGGUGCAACGAAAUCUAACCCGGGUUGCACACAUACCUACAUCUAAAAGCAUAACUGUGGCGUGUGAUUUUAGUCUUUUUUCUCAUCAUUGUGACGUCAUUGAACGAAGAAAUUUAUACACUGCAAGCGCGAACUCGCGGUGUGUUUUUUGUACUCGACGUUUCGCGCUUCCGCAGCAACGCGAACACGAAACAUGGACAUUACCAACCGUGGAAGAACUUAGCAACCGAUACAAAAAACAAACAAAGAAACAGUAAAAACAAAAUAUUGAAAAUUGAGUUGAAAAUCGUUCGAAAAAACUGGAUAUGGUUUCUUACGGAAUUCGAUCGUAUAGACAAUGACGAGAAACUCGCGCAGGUUUCAAGAAGAAAAGUUUGAUUGAACAGCCCAUUUUGUUGUUUUUCUAUUUCGACAUUUUUCUCACGCGAAUUUUUCGUUCUUUUUUUUAAAUCCAACCGGUGGCAUUGGCGUAUAAAAAAAGCUCAGUUGUGUGUUUCAACGAAAUUGGCUAGCCUCUCCGUAGUGAGAGAAAAGCCAGGUGCGUGAUGGCUUCGAUAGUCCUCAGAUCUCUGUCCGUUUUGUUGGGCAUAUUUUUCGUUUUUGUUGGAACGAUCAAAGUCACUUCGCAACUCAGCAAGGAACUCCACAAGGAUUUGAGGAAGGAAUACGUCAAAUAUGCCAAAGUGUUCCCGCUCUCGGAGACUCUGGAUUUCAAAGUGCCGAGCAAAUGGUAUCGACGGGUUGUUGGAUCGUUGGAAAUAAUAUGCGGUUUGGCUAUGGCAACAAUCCCGAGUCGAAAAGUUAAAAACGCCUCGAACGCUGUUUUACUCUUUCUAAUGUUGAUGGCUGUUUAUUCCCAUCACCAGCUCAACGAUAAAUUGGAGAGAACCGCUCCAGCCUUGGUAUUUCUGUUUAUGCUUACCGGUAGACUGGUGAUAGACUGGCAACUUGGCCGGCACGAUAAUCAAGCGGUAAAUGCGAACGGUGUUGACGAUAAAAAUAAGAAGCAAGACUGAAAAGCAUCGUUUAGACGAAAGAAAAAUAAAGCGAAGUGAGGAAUCGUUGCCGGACCGUGGCGAGGAUGAUUUUUACAUUUUUUCAAAUUACGACGCACCGUGUCGACGAUAUUGAAGCAAACAAUAAGAAAAACUGAGAGAAAUUUAAUCAACUGAAACGAAGCUGGCAAAGAGCCGGACGAUUGGGAGUGACGAUUUUAAAAACGCAGUGACAGAUGGAGGAAAGCGUACAUUAACAAAAAAAGCGUGUUUUUUACGAUUAGAAAAACUGGGAGUUUGGACUAUAGCGUAAAACGCAGACCGACUCAACGCUGUUGACCUGUGGCUAUAUUCUAAAUUUAACCCCUCCGAAUAUUUGGGUGGAAUUGUACAAGUUAAUAUUAAUUGGCUGCCCUUUUGGCAAGCUUCUGUGCACACGAAAAGUCAAAUAGACGCGUUAAGCGCGGGCCAUUGGAUUUGUACAAGCUUGAUCAGCACAAAAGCAACGUAUACGUAAUUGCCGUUCGGUUCCGUUAUCUAUGUCGAUAGAAAAAACGAUUAAAACCCGUAUGAAUGUAUAUAUAUAUAUGUAUGCCAUAGUUGAUAAAAAAUUGAUAUGCGCACGCACUGCUGAAAAGGGAUUGAAUUGUAAAACGCAACCAAAGAUUUGACACAAGGAAACGAAAAAACUUUGAGUUUUAUGUACAAGUUUAAACUACGACGAGUUUCGAGUCGACUCUUACUCGCCUUAUUAUUCUUGAUAUUAUAUCCGUACGUUAUUUAUAGCCAAUCCUCUGUGUACAGAAUCCUUCAUGAAAAAGAAAUCACACUUUUGAAAAAAAGCCCACCGUCGACCAAACUCAUUGAGCUUCAUUUAACAUACUACGAGAGUUCAUGAGAAUCGCACACGUUUUCAGAGUGUUCAUUUCUUUAGGUAUAGUUAUAUAUGAUAACGUCUAACCGAUAAUGGCACAUGUAAAUACGAAGAGAAUAAUAAACCCAUACGCAUCUAGAUAGGGAUGAAACAAUAA